AUGCACCCAAGGAAUAUGCCCAGAGCGACACACGAGAGGUCGCCACUCAUCCAACAUGAAGAGGCUGCUGAUAGUAAACAAUUAUUACAAUUUUCCGAGGACGACGAUGAGAACCCUAGGAAUUGGUCCAAAUUGAAAAAACUGGGCAAUAUCGCUGUCAUUGCUACUAUGGCCAUUCUAUCGCCACUGGCAAGUAGUAUGUUUGCACCAGGUAUUGACCAAAUAGCGGAAGCAUUGGAUACGACGGCUCAGGCUGUUAUUGCAUGUCAAACUGGCUUCGUCAUAAUGCUUGGGAUUGGACCGCUUCUUCUCGCUCCUCUGUCUGAAACAUUUGGUCGAAGGCCUGUGUACUUGGUCUGCUUCGGCAUUUUUACCUUGCUUCAGAUCCCAACGGCACUGAGUCCCAAUAUUGCUGUGCUCAUCACAUUCCGCUCCCUUGCGGGAUUUUUUGGGAGUGUGUCAAUUGCGAAUGGAGGUGGAACCAUCUCAGACAUGUACUUCCCAAGUGAAAGGGCGGGUGUUUUUGGAUGGUACCUCCUUGGGCCUCUCCUUGGACCAACCAUUGGUCCCUUACUUGGAGGCAUCAUCCUGCAAUACCUAGAAUGGCCAUGGCUAUUCUGGAUUUUGCUCAUGAUUUGUGGUAUUGUUUUCGCCGGUGUAUAUUUUCUUCUCCAAGAAACUUAUGUCCCUGUUCUCCUCACGCAUCGGAAGAAAGAACUCGAGGAAAGCUCAGAGGAAGAAUAUUAUUUUGAAGGAGAAGAUUCGAGGCCAUUUUCAUCGAAAGCCAUACAAGCAGUGAACCGACCACUCAAAAUCCUGUUUACCCAACCUAUCGUCUUGAUCAUGUCCACAUAUCAAGCUCUUAUUUUCGCCACAACCUACAGUCUAUAUACCCAGUUCUCACGUAUUUACGGCGAUGGUUAUGGGUUUGAUACUAUUCAAGUAGGACUUGUAUAUCUUGCCCCAGGACUUGGUUCUCUUGCAGCAGUAAAAUUCCUAGUUCCAAGAAUAGACGAUAUUCGCAAUUACCUUACACGCAAAAAUAAGGGGGAACCAAAACCCGAGUUUCGUCUUCCCCUCGCAAAUGUCGGCGCAGUUCUCAUUCCUAUCACACUAUUCUCAUUCGCUUGGACGGUUGAAUACCACGUACACUGGGCUGUAACACUUGUUGCAACUUUCUUUUAUGGUGUUGGACAGGUCGCCAUCUUUAAUACUGUGCAAAACUAUUACAUCGAUAGCUUCGAGAAAUAUGCGGCAAGUGCCAUCGCAGCUGGAGCAUUUUUCAGAAGUCUCUUUGGGGGUGUCAUUCCUCUGAUCACUCCUAGCAUCUUGGAUAACAUUGGAAUUGGGUGGGGAUUAAGCAUUUUUGCAUUUUUGAGUGUUGCAAUCGCCCCAAGCCCUUUACUCUUUUAUUAUUAUGGCGGGUCGUUGAGGAAGAGACCUGCACAUAUUGUGGUAUUGUGGGCCGGUCAAAUCCUAUCUCUUCUGGAGACCCCAAUCCAAGAUCAACGCUGUCAAACCAAAUCUGGAGAAUCGCCCUCGAUAUUCCCACAACAAUUAAUUCGACAUUCGAAUACGGUAGACCGCUCACAUCAAUUUAUGUCAGCGUCGAACCAUAUCACAUCCGCUCCUAUGAAAACUUGGGGAAUACUGGGCUAUGAGCGAUUUGAUGUUUCCGCGUUAGUGGCCGCUUCGGACGAUCUCAACUUUAUAUGGACUGACAUCGGUGAAAGAUAUAUGCGCACCAAUAGGACAUGUUCAUUAUUGUUGGGGGAAUUCUCCGCACAAGAUGCCCCAUAUGGAGCACUGGAGCAAGUAUGUGGGGUACAAAGGUUUGGUUUCGACAUUUCGUCCAUGUCGGCCAUUAUUGGUACCCACCAAUAUAUAGAUUACUUUAACAAUCCCCAAGGUGUUGUCCAAGGAGGUAUCGGUUCCGCCCUAGCUGGUGGUUCAGUAAUUGGUGCCAUCAUGGCCGGUCCAAUAUCCAACAAAUACGGUCGUCGAGACUCGUUAUUCUUCGCUUGUAUUUGGUGGCUACUCGGUACAGCCCUCCAGGUUUCCUGUAAUGGAAUCGGUAUGCUUAUCGCUGGUCGUUUCAUCAACGGUAUCUGCGUAGGUAUCACCUCGUCACAAGCACCCGUUUACCUUGCCGAGAUCGCCAAGAAAGAAAACAGAGGAUCCAUUAUCGUUAUCCAGCAAUGGGCUAUUGAAUGGGGUAUCUUCAUCAUGUACUUUGUAGGAUACGGAUGUAGUUUUAUCACAGCAUCACCCACCGCCUCAUUCCGUACCGCAUGGGCCAUGCAAUUUAUCCCCUGCAUCGUCCUCAUGGUUGGAAUUCCUUUCCUUCCUCGAUCACCCAGAUGGCUCGCAAAAGUCGGACGCGAAAAGGAAGCAAUUGCCAUUCUGGCAGAUAUCCAAGCUGGUGGGAACACAAACGAUCCAUUGGUGAUUGCCGAAUGGGAGGAAAUCACUACUAUCCUCGCAGCAGAAAGAGAAGGCCAAAAGGGUUGGAGACGAUUCUUCAAGAAUGGCAUGUGGAAACGUACUUUGGCAGGUACAUCGGUCCAAGCUUGGCAGCAAUUGAGUGGUGCAAAUGUAAUGACUUAUUACGUGGUUUACAUUUUCGAGAUGGCAAGUUUGACGGGAAAUAUUGGACUGGUCUCUUCAGGAAUUCAAUAUGCGAUUUUCAUCAUAGGAACUGCGGCAACCUUUUUCUUCAUCGAUAAAACCGGUCGUCGUCCCUUACUGAUCUACGGCGCACUAGGUAUGGGUAUCUGCAUGUUCGUCGUCGGCGGCGUCCUCGGUACCUAUGGAACCUACCUGCCAGACGGUCUCGACGGCAAUCUCAGCGUGCGAGUCCAAGUAUCCGGCUCUCCAGCCUACACCGUCAUCGCCUUCUGCUAUCUCCUCGUACUGCUCUACUCACUCACACUCGCGCCCAUCGCCUGGGUCUACGCAGCCGAAGUCUGGUCUCUGGAAACGCGCGCCACAGGCAUGGCACUCGCCACCAUCGCCAACUGGCUCUUCAAUUUCGCAAUUGGUCUGUUCAUUCCAUCCGCCUUUCAAAAUAUUAGCUGGAAAUUAUUUAUUAUUUUUGGAGUGUUGUGUUUUGCAGCGGCGGUCCAGGCGUUCUUUACAUAUCCGGAAACGGCGGGGAAAACGUUGGAGGAGAUUGAGGUGCUGUUUGGGAAGGGGGCAAUGAGGCCGUGGAGGACGAGCCCUGGGGGGAGUCGGUUGGAUGAGAGGGUUAGGGAUGUGGUGGGGCUUGGGGGGAAGGGUGCGGUGAUGGAGAUGGAGAUGGGGAUUGGGGGUGAGAGGGAGGAGAGGGUGGAGUAUGGGGGUGGAGGUGGGGUUUAG